GAAAGAAAAUAAUGAUGUCGGAGAGUCGCUGACCGCGGCGUCUCAAGCAAUCGGAAGGCUGGGUAUCUGCUAUCGGCACGGUGGCCACUAUGGGCACGUGACCAGAAACCGAAUACGCGUCUCUUUCAUCGGCUGUGCGCACGCGUCCCCCGUUCCGCCCACAGUACAUGUGGUGUGUGUGUGUUGUGUGUUGUUCUUCCCGAGGCAGAUGGGCAGGUGCCACUGUGAGUGCCCGUGCGAGUCUGUCGGCGGGUAUGUACUGUAGAAGCUGCUUUCAACAUCAAUGCAAAGUGGUCCAUCUCAUGAGAGCAGACACACACCCACACAAAGAAAGAGAGAGCGCAGAGAGCAAAGACUAUCCAUCCGUCCACCACGACAUCCUAGACCCUCGUCUCUCCACCGCCCCGGCCCCUUUGCUUUCCUUCUUCGACACCACCGCCACUUCCUCCUUCACUCUUGCGACAUCAGGAAGGUAUCACGCUCGGAUUUGCUCGUCCUCGUCGCUGUCGCGGUCGUCGCCAUCGUUGUCGGCACUCUCCGGGUAGCGAAUCCUCUCCAGCUCGAUCCGACACCGACCGACUGUAUACCUUUACGGCCGGCCCCAGCUCGGGCCCUUUAGCUCAGUCGGGC